CUUCAUAAUUCUAUCAAUGUACCUUUAAUAUGAUGAUCUCUAAAGUCUAAACUGCUUCAACCUUGGCCCUCACUGCAAAGAAAAAGAGGAUUUUCCUGAAGUACCACAAAGAGACAAAUGAUGUUGUUACUGUAGAAAGGUGAAGUGAAAAUUGAAGUUAAGGAAAGAAAAGAAAAGGGUUAUUCUCUCACACUCUUAAAUCCACAUGCACAUGUUUUUGCCUUUUCCUUUACUCAUCAUUUGUUGCAAAUUAUUAUUUUUCUGUCCUCUUUUUGUCUCAUUGUCACUAUUCUUCAAUCUUGGUGAGAUCUCCAGAAAAUUAUUAUUACUCUCAUGGAUUGUUUUACACUUUGCAUAUCUUUCCAAGUUUUUGGAGUAAUUUGCUUUUAUUGGUGAUAAUUUGUUGUAUAGAUGCAAUAAACAAGAUUUGAAGAUAAGAUGGGAGAGACAACUGCAUCAAAUCCAGCUUUGCAAGUGUCUAUUUCUUUUGGUAGAUUUGAGAAUGAUUCUUUGUCUUGGGAGAGAUGGUCUUCUUUCUCUCCAAACAAGUACUUAGAAGAAGUUGAGAAGUGUGCUACACCUGGAUCAGUAGCCCAGAAGAAAGCUUAUUUUGAAGCCCAUUACAAGAAAAUUGCUGCCCGAAAAGCCGAAUUGCUUGCUCAAGAGAAGCAAACUGAGAAUGACUCUUUCAGAUCAGAAGAUCAAAAUGGUAUAGAUCUGAGUGGCCGUAACACUUGUGAGACUGAUUCUGAUUUUGGUAUAUCCAACAACACUCAAGAUACUACUGACGAAUGCGUUACGCAAGAAACCAGCUCUGCUGUUGGUGAAAUCGGCACGAGCCAUGUGGAUGAUUUGAAGGAGGAAGGUACAGUUUCAAUAGAUUAUAAUCAAAGUCCAUCAGUUGAGGUAGAUAACAAAGAGCUAGAAGUAGAAAGUAGAUCACAAGGUUCCCAUCAGAUAGAUGAGCCCGAAGAAGAUGUUGUGUGCAUAAAACAAGAAGAAAGUCUUGAAAUUGAAGCUGAAGAUGUGAAGGAAAUUUCACAUGUUGUGUACAAGGAUACAGAAAAGGCUUCGCAAGUUGAAGAAAAAGAUGUGAAAUUGGAUCAUCAUCCAAAUGAACCUAAGGUUAUCUCUGUGAAUAGGGAAAAUAAUGUAGCCAAGACAAAGAAGAAAUCGGUGCUACCUAAAUCUAAGGUGUCUCAAAGUUCCACACCGAGAACUUCAAGGCCUACAUUAACACCAAUUAAAACAUUGGCAUCUGCCCCUUCAACUAAAAAGGCAAAUUCUUCUUCUUUACCAAAGAAGCAAAUUGCUUCGGGUGUGGCGGAAAACAAAAAAGUUGCCAACAGAUCUUUGCACAUGUCUAUGAGCUUAGGUCCAAGUAAUCCUGAUCCAGUUCCUCAUACUACUAUGAGGAAAUCUCUCAUUAUGGAGCAAAUGGGGGAUAAGGAUAUAGUCAAACGAGCAUUUAAGACAUUCCAGAACAAAUUCAAUCAGCCGAAGGCUUCCGGUGAAGUAGACAGAUCCUCGGUAACAAAACAGGUUUCUUCAAGGGGGACUGCAUCAAAAGUUCCGACAUCUACAGCUUUGCGGAAAGAAAAUGGACGGCCAAGUACGGUUGAGAGGAAGGAUAGAAGAAGUGCAAAUGCUGGACGAACUUUGGGACCAAAAUCCUCAAGAAAAAUAGAGGAAAAACCUAAUGCAAAAGAGGUAGAAAGACUGCAUCUCCGUACAAAAUUGAAGGAUGAAAAAGAGGCAGAGAUGAAAAAGCUUAAACAUGAUUUCAAGGCCACACCCCUACCAGCUUUUUAUCGUGGUCAAAAAGUAUCAAAAAGUCGCGUUGAAAAGGUACGC